AUGGCUCCUAUGGAGAUUCAUACCUUCUCCGAUUUAGUAAACAAGGUGAGGGUGGUUGAGGAGUAUGCCAAGACAGUAGCAGCGUCCAAGGACACUCAUGGAGGGAACACUAGUAAGGGCCGUGGCAAAUAUUUCCAUCUUAGAGGUCAGAGUUUCAAGAGAGGAGCAUAUGCGUCCCAAAGGCAAGAAGGCUUCAGGAGGAUCAGUUUUAGCGUGGCAAAGGAAGAGGAAAUCAGAAUUGGUUUAGGUGGAUGUUUCAACUGUGGCUUGCCUGGUCAUAUUGCGAGGGAUUGCACUUGUGGGAGGAACCUGAAUGCGGGUCAAGGUCAGCAUCAAGGUCGAGUCUUUGUUGUGAACGCCAAGGAUGCUUCCAAGGAGGAUCCGUUGAUGAGAGGUAUUUGUUUAAUUGGUGAUAAGACCUUAAUUGCAUUAUAUGAUACUGGAGCAUCACAUUCGUUUAUUUCGUUUGCUAAAGUUGAGGAACUAGGCUUGAAACUUGGGGAAGAGUGUCAGGGUUACAUCUUGCUAACUGCUAAUGCUUCGGGGGAUGCCUAG